AUGCGUUUCCUAUCCGAUGAUCUCGCAAUCGAUCGAGACAACAAAGCCCCACUUCAGGUCCUUGGCGCAGGUCUGCCCCGUUGCGCGACAAGCUCUCUGCAAGCUGCCUUGGAAUCUCAACACAUGAAUUGUACCCCGUGCAUGCACAUGGCACAUAUCGCACCUCAUGCCGACCGUGGCGACAUACUAUUGGAAGCAUUGCAGGAACCAAAUAAGGAACGACGUCUCAAACUCCUUCACAGGAUUUUCGAUGGAUUCCAAGCUACUUCUGACUUCCCGGGCUGUACCGUCGUCGAUGACUUGAUGGACAUGUACCCCGAUGCCAAGGUUGUGCUCAAUUUGCGACCAGGUGGGGGCAAUAGCUGGGAGAAAUCCAUCAAGCUCCUAUCCUGGGCAAAGAAACCCUCCUACUAUGCGCUCACCUUCCUUUGGAAAACAGAUCGCAACCUACAUGCGAUGUGGGUUUGGUAUGUCAAAUAUUGCAUGGAAAAGUUCGGGCUAGCGGAAGAGGAAGUAUUCACAGCAAAGCACUAUGAUGCUCACAAUGCGUGGGUUCGGGCUGAGGCGGCUAAGCGUGGGCGCGAAGUUCUGGAGCACGAACCGAAAGAUGGAUGGGGACCGCUUUGCGCGCUCAUUGGAAAGGCGGAGCCUGAGAAUGAGCCUUAUCCCCAUCGUAAUGAUGCGGCUGAAAUUCGCAUGAUAUCUCGAGUCUUGUAUGCCCGAGGCAUUGUCUCUUGGCUCGCGGUGAUUGGGGCAGCAUAUGGAACAGUGAAAUGGCUGGGGUUCGUCUAA